GCCAGGUAAGAGCUGUUUAGCAGCACCGCAAGUUGCUUGUAAACUCCAUACCUUUAACCAGCAUUUAUUCUAACAACUGCUUCUUAUUUCCCUCUCCUUCUCCCUCUCUUCCUCCAUCCUUUUCUCCACAGACGGAGGCUCAUCUCUCAGCGUUCCUCCUUGGAGACACUGGAAGACAUUGAGGAGAACGCCCCUCUACGCAGGUACUGUACAGCAACAACUGUCACGUUCCGCACAACUCAGCACACCACUCAGAAACAUACGUUUGGUUUGCUCUUAUUUUAGAGCUGUACUUGACAAGUCAAUAACGGCUUUAGCCAGGGAAGUAUUUUGGUAGAUAAUGACAUUGGGGGAACUGUAAUUUCACUUCAGUUUGAUUUGUGGAGUACUUUUAUGUGCUGUGGGGUAGUGAUGGUGGGAACGUCAUGCUGCUGCGGUAAUGUAUUGGUCUGGCUCCGUCUCUCUGUUUAGAGUUGUAAAAAUAUAUGUUGUCUUUACGGCUCAAAAUGGAUCCCAAUGAAUCACAUUUUGUUUUGAUCGGUCUUAUUUAUUUGGUGUGUUUUUUAGAUGCAGAACCCUCUCAGGUUCACCCCGACCAAAGAGCUUCAAGAAGGUUCACUUCAUCAAAAACAUGAGGCAACAUGAUAUGCGCAAUGGAAGGUAUGAAUGACAACAACCCCAGCCCUAAUUCCGUACAAAGUUUCAAUGGAAAAUGGCAGGAUGCCCCCCAAUGAACACUCAGCAGUUUGAACAUCUAUCAGGUUACCCAACUUUAGCCUAAAUCUUGGACAAGAGAUGUAGGUUAUUAAUUAUAAUAUAAUAUAAAUAUGCCAUUUAGCAGACGCUUUUAUCCAAAGCGACUUAGUCAUGUGCGCAUACAUUUUUACGUUUGGUGGUCCCGGGGAUCGAACCCACUACCCUGGUGUUACAAGCGCCAUGCUCUACCAAUUGAGCUACAGAGGACCAAUAACCUUAAUUGAAGGUUAUUCCUUAUAGCUUAGAAGUACUGUAUCAAAGAAUGUACUAUUGAUUGAUAAAUUGUCUUAUCGAUUGAUAAAUGUAUCAGACUGCUCAGCAGUUCAUUGGGAGUCUGGUUAGUUUUCACUGAAAUCAUCUCAAAUCGAGUUUAGAUCUUGUUUUGUAUAUUUUGUUAAAGCUAUACAGUAAGGAUCACACCAUUUGAAUUACAAAUGAGUCAUGCAACACAUCACUCACUUUUAUAUACAAUGGUGCAUGCAUGUUCACUUAGAUAUUCCAGAGCACUGAAGACAUUUUAGCACACUGAUUUAUUUUAUAUAUUCACACAGUUAUAUGUAGCUAUUGUUCAGCAGCUUCUCGCAGUAAUGAAUAUUAUCACCUUUUAUGACUAUUUUCUGGAAUCUAAAAGGAAAUAGACGGUUAAACUAUUUCCAUGGCACUUAAUUUUGUAUUAUACAGAUCAUUCAACUAGCAUUUUAUUCUGGCAUUUUUUUGCUACAAACCUCAAGCUUCUUUUACACUUGGGUGUACUGGACCCAUUUUUUUUGAUUAAUUGUUUUUGAAAUAUCAUUCUUGACAGGUAUUUGUACGGGUCUUUCUUUUGUCCCAGGAAGAAAAAGGAGUACAUCUAUGCUGUUGUUGUUUGUAUUUACUCGUAUCUAGCUUAUCAGUGUGCCAUAUACAGUAGUAAUAAAUUGCCAUAAGUCACAUUCUGCCUGUGACAUUGAUAUUAGUCAGUGAGUAGGCCUCUUAUUGGAUGUCAUAACUCAGAAGGUAUAAAUCAGUGACAGUUUAUUAAGUGUUAGUUAUGCAACUUUAUUGUUAAAUUUUUUUACCUCGUGUGCAGCUGAUAUUCUAAUAUUGUAAGAUAAACAAGUUUGGUAUUUUUUAGUCUCCAACUCAAGACAUGGCUAGUAGCCUCAUUUUAAAAGAUCUCUAUAAAAAAAUGCAUCAUUUUGUCCCCAAACCUCUGACUACAUAACACUCACACAACACAUAUAAAAAAAUACAGUAUUUCAUUUAGUUUUCUAAAUCUAGAUUGUUUUACUGCGCACUUUUUUUCUCCAUCUUUACCUGUAGAUCUGAAUGUAUUUUUCAGAGUUAAUUCCUAAUUAGCAUAUUUAUCAUUUUUGUUUUAUAGGAUAGUCCUAAUCAGUGGCAGAAGAUCCCUUUAUAGUGUAUUUUCUGUCCUGCCCUAUCGAGAUUGUAGCCAAGCAGGGUAUGUAUCCUACAGCAUGCCAUCCUCCCAACCUUUGUUCCUUCGUUCCAUGCUUUCCCUCCAUUCUCUCAUGGUUCAUUCCACCAAUUCGGUGCCUUUUGAGAAGUGUAACUUGGUCUAAAAAAACGUUUAAUUUCACCUAAUUUUAACAUUCUGUCAUAAGAGCACAUGUUCAACUUAAUUAAAAAAACACUGUUUCCCAUCGAGGUAAUUAUUUCCCCCCAUGAUUUAACUUCUAAGUGGUCCGUCUAUGAAUUCAGGAAAUCAUGUAGGAACGUGUCAUAGCUACACGCUUUUAAAACAAUUACCUGCACUCCAGAUCGCCAAAUCAGCCAAUAGAUGGUAACAUAUGGGCAUACUUGUCUAGAACACAUCCAUCCGUUUACAGUAUAUCUUCAUGACAAAGUAUAUAUUUCGCUUAGAUGUGCUCAAUAUAAACCAUGUACCAAAUUAUUAAACUCAGUUUCUCCUUAAAUACCAUCUCGCAAUGUAAAGGGAAAACCUAGUCAGUUGCAAAACUGAAUGCAUUCAACCGAAAUGUGUGUUCCGCAUUUAACCCAAACUGCCUUGCUCAAGGGCAGAACGGCAGAUUUUCCCACCUUGCCGGCUCGGGAUUCGAACCAGCGACCUUACUGGCCCAACGCUCUUAACCACUAGGCUACCUGUGUCUGUGGGAAACAUGGGGAAAGGGCCGUUGUUGCCAUAGCAACGUACUCUGCACUCACCUUGGCGGAGACCAACUGCAAGUUGAAUUCGGUGAGAUGGAUUCCUAAACAAGCGAUUUUUACAGCCACUAAACAUGCUGAACUUGACUUUGGUAUUAUUAUGUGCAGCUACGUUUGCUUGCUAGCUAGCCAGCCAGCCCAGAGAGAGAGCAUUGCAUUGUGGGUUUUGUAGUCGACUUUCCACAAUGAUUUUCACGUUGCUAACAACCUUGUUAUAACAACAAAUCGCUUUAUUCAUCAAAAAAAUCGGAUUUAUUGAAUUCUCCAUGUGGCUUAUUUUAAACGGCACAUCAUUUAAUAUAACAGGUUUUUAAAAUUAUAUUUUGGUGCACAAUUUCUACUUAAAAUAAAAGGCACUCUUUUCGUGGAACGAUCCUCAUCCCUUUUGUUUCUGCAUAUAUAAUCUCCUAUAACUGGUACUUUAUUACAUUGGGAGGUUUGAACAUUGUUAGAUUGAACAAUUUCCUGGACUUGUUGGUUUUGGUAGAUACUUUUUUUUACAACAACAAAACCUUUGUAAGAAAGAUGAACAAGUAAUUAAUCACACCCAUUUAAAGGGAAAACCCACUCAAAUGAUGCAUUUUGCCUCAUCAUGAAGUACAAUAUCUUGAAAACUUGAAUGCUGACAUGCAAAACAUUUUGGGACUGUGGACUAAUGAAAAAAAUACCAAAAGAUAGUAUUUGAGUGGAUUUUCCCUUUAAGGUUUGUAUCCAUUUCCCUAUGUUUUCAUAUAGGCCUAUAGCAGAGGAGGCUGGUGGGAGGAGCUAUAGGAGGACAGGCUCAUUGUAAUGGCUGGAAUGGAAUGAAUGGACGGGAGUCAAGCGUGGUUUCUAUAUGUUUGUGUUUGAUACGUUCCAUUAAUUCCAUUCCAGCCAUUACAAUGAGCCCGUACUCCUAUAGCUCCUCCCACCAGUCCUCUGGCCUAUAGGUUGCUAUUGGCUGUGUCGCUAUAUCUCUUUGGAAGAUGUCAUGAAGUUGUUGUUUUUUUUGUUCUAAUACGACACUGUUUUGCCCGUUGCAAACGUUUGUGGCUUUGCUGUUAUCAUGUAGGCUGCACCUUUCCUCAAGUCAUUGCUGCCAUCAAAGAUUCCGUAGCAUGCUUUUAUCUCAGCAUUCACUGAUAACUUUGCAUGCGCUUUGUUGCAAUUGCAUAACACACAUUACAACAUUUCGGUGUGGACCCAAUGAUCCAUCCAUAAUAGAGCAUUUUGGAGUUUCUGUUUGGAUUUUACACAUGAUAUCCCAGUUUGUUGUUGGUCAUCUUGUUUAUCCUCCCUGUGUGGUUAGAGGUGAUAUUUUUUGGCCCUUGGAAGAGAAAGCCUGGCUUAUCAGUAGUCAUCUUUCUUAUUCCAACACGAGGUUCAGACUCCUACAUGUUAUGGGAAACCAUAGUAGUCCUGAACACUCUCCAGCCUGGUAGCCUCCCACCUGGCCUGCCUGCCUGUGUAUGGGGAAUGUGGCAGUGUUGUUGUGACCUUGGUCCUGGUGCUCCUCACGAAAGAGCUUGUGUUGGAGGAAGUGUAAGAGAAAAAUAACUGAUCAACACAGAGAAUAAAAUGGACAGAGAGAAAGAAGGCACCAUUCCAGGGGCUUAGUAAACCUAGCCAUACAUCAAUAUGUUUUAAAGAGCUAGUGAAGCCUCUAGUGAUAUCCAAUAGCCUCAGCCCUGAAUGCCCAAUGCUGCUACAUAUGUUUGCUACAGCAGCAAAAGGAAAUGUGAAUUAUGUGGAUUAUAAUGAAUAGCCAUUUUUGUUAAGGUUGAUACAUUUUUUGUAAAGGAUAAUCAAGUCUGAAAAUUCAAAGUGGGAAUUACAAACUUCAGAAUACUUUUUAAACCUCAAAUACACAAGUUUUACAUUUGCUGCAUUGCAGGAAUGUUCUCCUACAACAGGGUGAUCAAAUUAGAAUCCUACACCUGUAAUUGAUUGUUGAAAGUUAAAUAACGUUUUUGGAUGGGUCUUGGGAGUGUCGCUGCAGCAAAAUACCCUUGACUGACUAUGUAAAGAACUGACCAAGUGAAAAUCCCAUGCCUGUCCUAAAAUGUAAAUACUCAGUGCCAUGUAAAAUAAGGAUCACUGACAUUAUGUCCAUGAGACAUACAGUGCAUUCGGAAAGUAUUCAGACCCCUUGACUUUUUCCACAUUUAAUUACAUUACAGACUUAUUCUAAAAUUGAUUAAAUAGUUUUUUACGCCUCAUCAAUCUACACACACAAUACCCCAUAAUGACAAAGCAAAAACUGUUUUUUUUUUUAUUUAAUUUACAUAAGUAUUCAGACCCUUUACUCAGUACUUUGUUGAAGCACCUUUGGAAGUGAUUACAGCCUCGAGUCUUCUUGGGUAUGGCGCUACAAGCUUGGCACACCUGUAUUUGGGGAGUUUCUCCCAUUCAUCUCUGCAGAUCCUCUCAAGCUCUGUCAGGUUGGAUGGGGAGCAUCGCUGCACAGCUAUAUUCAGGUCUCUCCAGAGAUGUUCGAUCGGGUUCAAGUCCGGCCUCUGGCUGGGCCACUCAAGUACAUUCAGAGACUUGUCCUGAGGCCACUCCUGCAUUGUCUUGGCUGUGUGCUUAGGGUCAUUGUCCUGUUGGAAGGUGAACCUUUGCCCAGGUCUGAGGUCCUGAGUACUCUGGAGCAGGAUUUCAUCAAGGAUCUCUCUGUUCUUUGCUCCGUUCAUCUUUCCGUCUAUCCUGCCAAGUCUCCCUGACGCUGAAAAAUAUCCCCACAGUAUGAUGCUGCCACCACCAUGCUUCACCGUAGGGAUGGUGCCAGGUUUCCUCCAGACGUGACGCUUGGCAUUCAGGCCAAAGAGUUCAAUCUUGGUUUCAUCAGACCAGAGAAUCUAGUUUCUCAUGGUCUGAGAGUCUUUAGGUGCCUUUUGGCAAACUCCAAGCGGGCUGUCAUGUGCCUUUUACUGAGGAGUGGUUUCCGUCUGGCCGCUCUACCAUAAAGACCUGAUUGGUGGAGUGCUGCAGAGAUGGCUGGCCUUCUGGAAGGAUCUCCCAUCCCCACAGAGGAACUCUGGAGGUCUGUCAGAGUGACCAUCGGGUUCUUGGUAACCUCCCUGACCUAGGCCCUUCUACCCCCGAUUUCUCAGUUUGGCCGGGCGGCCAGCUCUAGGAAGAGUCUUGGUGGUUCCAAACUUCUUCCAUUUAAGAAUUACAUUUACAUUUACAUUUAUGUCAUUUAGCAGACGCUCUUAUCCAGAGCGACUUACAAAUUGGUGCAUUCACCCUAUAGCCAGUGGGAUAACCACUUUACAAUAUGUUUUUUUUUUGUUUUUUUUGUUGUUGUUUUUUUUUUGGGGGGGGGGGGGGGGGUAGAAGGAUUACUUUAUCCUAUCCCAGGUAUUCCUUAAAGAGGUGGGGUUUCAAAUGUCUCCGGAAGGUGGUGAGUGACUCCGCUGUCCUGGCGUCGUGAGGGAGCUUGUUCCACCAUUGGGGUGCCAGAGCAGCGAACAGUUUUGACUGGGCUGAGCGGGAACUAUGCUUCCGCAGAGGAAGGGGAGCCAGCAGGCCAGAGGUGGAUGAACGCAAUGCCCUCGUUUGGGUGUAGGGACUGAUCAGAGCCUGAAGGUACAGAGGUGCCGAUCCCCUCACAGCUCCAUAGGCAAGCACCAUGGUCUUGUAACAGAUGCGAGCUUCAACUGGAAGCCAGUGGAGUGUGCGGAGGAGCGGGGUGACGUGAGAGAACUUGGGAAGGUUGAACACCAGACGGGCUGCGGCAUUCUGGAUGAGUUGUAGGGGUUUAAUAAUGAUAGAGCCCACUGUGUUCUUGGGGACCUUCAAUGCUGCAGACAUUUUUUGGUACCCUUCCCCAGAUCUGUGGCUCCACACAAUCCUGUCUCGGAGCUCUAUGGACAAUUCCUUCAACCUCAUGGCUUGGUUUCUGCUCUGACAUGCACUGUCAACUGUAGGACCUUAUAUAGACAGGUGUUUUCCUUUCCAAAUCAUGUCCAAUUAACUGAAUUUACCACAGGUGGACUCCAAUCAAGUUGUAGAAACAUCUCAAGGUUGAUCAAUGGAAACAGGAUGCACCUGAGGUCAAUUUCAAGUCUCAUAGCAAAGGGUCUGAAUAUGCAUGUAAAUAAGGUAUUUCAGUUUUUUAUUUUUAAUACAUUUGCAAACAUUUCUAAAAACCUGUUUUCGCUUUGUCAUUAUGGGGUAUUGUGUGUAGAUUUGAUGAGGAUUUUUAUUUUUAAUCAAUUUUAGAAUAAGGCUGUAAUGUAACAAAAUGUGGAAAAAGUCAAGGGGUCUGAAUACUUUCCGAAGGCACUGUAGAACUAGACAGUGAACAAGUCCAAGCUUCUGUCUGUUAUGACUUUCUCCUGCAUUUUCUCCCUUUCUUGCCCCAAUUAGAGUUUUUAUUGAUUUACCACAGUGUUCAUAAUAACUAGAAUAUUCAAUUACCUUGCUAAUUAGCUCAGUCCUCUCUGGGACAUAAUGGCACCGUAGAAUUCUGGGAACCUAGAAUGCGGUUGGCUUCUCUUAGGUUCUCUAUCUGGUCCAAUUCCACAUUCCUUUUUUUAGAGCCAUCUCAUGUUGUUAAUAUUAAAAAGCACAUAGUUUUCAUUGCUCAGUCCUAAAUUGGAGGUCUCUUGCUAACCUUGCUAAUUGUUAAUCAAACAUUUUUUAAAUGUGAAUACAUUUAGGUUUGAUUCUGAUAGUUUAGAUAUUGUUGUUUUAUCUCUGUGAAAAGGCAGAUCUGUUUUUUUUUCACCACAUUUGCCCCUCAUUUCUUAUUAAUUGAUACGUCAGCCACUUGACAAUAUACUUUUUAUUUUCUUCCACUACUGCGUUCUUUGAUUUCCCUCUCCGUUUCAUCCUUUGACAGACUGCAACAACUGUCUUUCCUGGCUUGCAAAAGGAAAAGCUUUGUCCUGGAAAGCGUUGUUGCUUAGUUUCCUCCCUUCUUAUCUCAUCUCCCUUCCUUAAAGUUUGCUGCCUUGGGAUCUUUGUAUGUGUGUGUGAUGCAUCUGUAAACAAGAUUUUCCCAUGUGCCGUAUAACGCUAUUUUCAUCACAGCUCCACCUCAGACAGUCUGCCAUCUACUCCUAAUAACAAUGGUCAUGUGAUGGCCCUCUGUGUCAUUGUAAAGCAGUCAUGCUUGUCCAGUGGCCUUAUCCUGCUAUUGCUACUGGCCUUUCUGACAGGAAACUGUAACCACCAUAUACCCUUUAGUCAAAUCAGUCUGGUGAAAGUCCAUGAAAUGAUGAAAGUUUAACAAUAAUGCAUUGUUAUUUGGUAUGAGUCAAUGCAGAACCCCCACAACAUUUGAAGGUGACACCUUUAGUUGGUAGAUGGUUUUACAGCAACACUGGAACCGUGAAGUGUUUUUCUAGAACAUCUGCUCAAGACUGUAACCUGACAGGUUAUUUUCAACGACUAUGUACCACUGACACAGUUUCAACUCAGUGCAGUACUACAUUUCCUUAUUUAGUCAAGCAUAUGACCCCCUUUAUUUAGAAAUCUAACACACUGAUAUGAAAUGUAGAGUACUGGUGAUGCAACGUCUGAGCUGCAACCGCCUGCAUUCCUUUAACCGUACUUGGCAGAAUGCUACAGUAUGUCUGUAUGAAUCCACACACUCUCAUUUCACCCCUCGCUGUGUGCUUCUUAAUAUUCCAAAUUCUAACAAAGAUCACCCACCCAAUCAGAGAUCACAUACAGGUAAUCAGAGAAUCUGAUUGGUUAGUGCGGUGCUCUACAAAUCAAUAACACGCACAUUUAACUGUGUGUAAAAGAUAGAACUAGAUCGAUAGAGUUAGAGAUGCUGAGGUGGAGUCUAGACAGCAGACUGUUUGGCAGUGGGUGUGGAUGUCUAAAGGUGUUGUGCCCCGACAGGGAUGUGAAACUGGAAAGCGGGCGGCAACGGCACCCCUCGGGCGGGGUCAGUGCCAAGGAGAUGGUGAUCGGGCUGGAGGGAGUGGAGCUGGGGGCCGACGGAAAGGUGAGAGAGGACUGGAGACAAACGCAUCCUGUCCUCCUUGCGUUCAGUUACAGAUCAGUUAUCACAUCGAGGAAGAGAAAGUAAACAGGGGUCCAGACCAUGUGUGAGAGCCUGAACAUGAGCGCCUUAACAAUAACAUGCUGUUAAAAAUGUGAGUAUGUCUCUCUUUCUCCAUAGACUGUGUCGUACACCCAGUUCCUGUACCCCACCAACGCCCUGGGCAGUGGUCGCAGGAACACCAUAGACUCCAUGUCAUUCUUCUCUCAGUCUCGUAACAUCAGCCACCGCAGCCUCAGCCUGGGCCGGGCCAACAGCAACCAGAGCAGCAUCGACACAGGUCAGGCAAAUGAGUGUGUGGAUCCUCUGGAGUAGUUGUAGCAUUUAUACAGGUCAAUGUGUGGAUCCUCUGGAGUAGUUGUAGCAUUCAUACAGGUCAAUGUGUGGAGCCUCCAUUCUGGAGAGAGCCCCUGAAUAGGAGUAGGCCUGUGUCAGAGUGGGUAAUGAUACAUAUCACUUUCUCCCAGACAUAACCUUCCACAGUGUGACGUUUUAGUUGAACAAUUACAUGUUCAACAUUGAGGGCUUCUAUGCAUAGUCACUUUACCCCUACCUACAUGUACAAAUUACCUCGACUAACCUGUACCCCCGCACAUUGACUCGGUACCGGUACCCCCUGUAUAUAGCCUCGUUAUUGUUAUUUUAUUGUGUUACUUUUUAUAAAUGUUUUACUUAACUCUAUUUUCUUAAAACUGCAUGGUUGGUUAAGGGCUUGUCAAUAAGCGUUUCACGGUAAGGUCUACUACACCUGUUGUAUUCGGCACAUGUGACAAAUAAAAUUUGAUUUUAAUUUGACUGUGUUAGAAGAAGUGGAAAAACACUAUUUUUCUUUCUUGUCCCCAAUGUUUGUUUAUCCUUGGUUCAUUGUGUGACUGUGUCAUUUUGUCCCCUACAGGGAAUGAUCUGGGGGACUUGAUCCAGGAGUACGACCCUAAUCUGCUGGACGAUCCCCAGUGGCCGUGUGGGAAGCACAAGAGAGUCCUAAUCUUCCCCUCAUACAUGGUGAGACACCACUCUACUUACCAGACAUGGGUUCAAACAGCAUUUGUUUUCUUAAAAAUACUUUGAGAGUUUGAUUGAGCCUGCCUUUAGUGCCACAUGGACAGGGUUUGUACUUUGGGCAAUUAUAUUGGUUCCAUUGUGCCAGACAAGUUCAAUCAAGCAAAACUAAAGUAUUUGAAAGAUUUGGAGCCUAUCUAACUUGUUUUUCAGAUUAUUAUAAUUUUUUCCAAAAACAGUUGUCAGAGACACAACCUAAGAGAAACAACCAACCAGCUUCUAUUUAUAAUCACAGACCAGAGGUGGCACCACAGGUCCCAGUUUUUUUCCCUGGGGCCCAGAGUUUUUCCUGAUCUGGUAACCUAACCAGAUAAAUACUCUGGACCCUAUGACAGUGAUUAAUCAGUUGUAAAAAGGUUUAUAUGGGCUAUGAUGGCUCCAGAGUUUUUUAAUCAGGCCACAUGGUUUAAAAAAGAACUGCUGAAAAAACUCCUGGCCCUGGGGAGGAUGUAAACCCUGUCAAACUGCAGCAACCUUGUACUUGUUCAUAUUAAUUAUAUUUUAAAACAAGACUAAUGGGGGUUUCCUCGACACGGAGACAGGAGUUACAGUAUAACUGACAGGGCUGAGUUUGCUUUAUGCAGGUUUGCAUCGUGUAUGCUUAUCCAACUGUAGGCCUAAUUCAAAAUUAACUUGUUCCAUGUCAUCACUAUUGUGUUGAUGUGGUUAUUUCCAGUAAAUACUUUUGGAUUAAAAAGGUCUAGGUAGCCUAGCCAGCCCAAGUUUGAAUCUAAACCAAAUUUGAUCACAUUCACAUUUUCUCCUAUCACAAACAGAUGGGCUAUAAAUACAAAACGUUACCGCUAAGUUUACCCUGCCCAGAGGAACAUAGAGCAUAGUAAGCUAUAUACAGCGGCUGUUAGUAGCCUACAGCAGAGGUAUUCAACUGGGGGUACUGCAGGGGUCCACGGAAAUAUUGCAGGGGAAAGAAAGUGAAAAGAUAUUUGUUUUAUUUCAAUGUUUUUAUGAAUAUCGCUAGCAACAACAGAAUAAACUAAUUUUGAAUUACAUACUUACAGUAGAAAAGAGGAGAAUAUCUUAUUUCUAAUGAUGUCAACUUUAUUUCUUAACUCCUAAUAUUAAGAAAAUUACCCUCAUUGGAGCCAAUUACACUCACGCACCUGCAGUGUUGCAAGUGCUGCUGGUAAGUUUUCUUGACUUGGACAUACCGUAAUCUGAUUGGUCAAGACACGCACAGAACCUACAGCACUCCGAUGUGUAGGACACAUCAAUUUUGCACGAGUUGACAAAUUAUGAGGCAAAUCAGCCUAAAAAACAGUACUUUGUCCCUCUUUUGAACGCUUUUGCGUCAAUAUUCUUUAUUACACUUUUUAUUUUUUUGAAAAGUCCUCGGGCAAAUGCCAGCUUGCCACACGUUUGCAGGUGGCUCUGCCUCCUACUGUAUCAACUGAACUCACUGUAAGUCCAAAGAGUCUGUCUGACCAUUCUAAUCAGAAAGGUAAUUGGCCCAAUCCCUGGUUCAGGUGUGUGAAUACCUGUCUCUCUAUACAGUAGCGCUUUAACAGCUAGGGUGUGUUAGAAAUGGCACCCUAUUCCCUGUAUAGUGCACUACUUUUGACCAGGGCCCAUAGGGAGAUGGUCAAAAGUAGUGCACUAAGUAUGGAAUAGGGUGCCAUUUCAGACUCUCACCUCUAGUGUGGUUUAUCCGGUCCACUCCUUUUCCUGUGGCCAUACCACACUGUUACUUAAUCACUUUCCCAUGUCCAGAACUUGGCAAGGGAACGAUAGUUUUGUGUUCAUAUAAAAGCAACAACAACCGACUCCCAGUUCAUUUCUCAGUUGGCUCUGUUGAUGUUAUCUGGGCUGGUAGAAUACACAGACCAGACUUGAAGUAUUCAGUUAAGGCUAGACUGUCUUUUUGUUUCUUAUUUUCCUCCCAUUGCGAAACCCCAGCGCCUUACAACAAUAGCUAUUGUGUUUACACUUGCUGAACGUUUCACUGCACGAUCAGUCACUGUGCUAAUCUAAGUACCCAUGCCUUUUCUUUUUCUUGAACUGAUCUUUCAAGUUCUGCUACUAACUGUAGCAUGGGAUAGAAAUCUAUUUAGUACAUUUAGUUUCCUUUGCGAUCAAGGAUAUAUCUAUAAAUGACAUUCCUUUCGUUUAGAAAUGCGCUCUCUAGGUUUCCCAGGGCCCACAGUAGCCACAGAUUUGCUGCAGUAGUCAAAGUAUACUUAGAAAUAUUUUGGUUGGUACAAAUAGUUUGGUAUAUUUUGAAUUCAGAUAUGGAGCUGCAUGGAGGAAUGCUAUCCAGGACCAAAAAUACCAAGUUACAAAUACUAGUUUGAUAAAGUUGUUUGAACAAAGCAAAUGACUUGCCAUGAGCCAACUUGGGCAAUAUGCUGUUUGGAUUAUUGCUCUCUUAUCACAUACCUAGAUUCAGUGGGUCAACUUCAGUGCUCCUUCUAUCUUCCUAGAUAACAGGUAUGAGCCUCUGACCUGAAAUAAAAUUAAAUGGCUCAGUUAAAGUACAUCAACCGAACAUACAGAGCUUGGAAAUGUAAAGCGUCGUAAACGUUCUAGAAUAUGAUUCUGUUUUAUCGUGGAACGUGUAUGUCGUGCCACCCGAUGUCACCUGACUCCAGAGGAGGCUGGUGGGAGGAGCAAUAGGAGGAAGGGCUCAUUGUAAUGGCUGGAACGGAAUGAAUGGAACGGUAUCAAACAUAUGGAAUCCACGUUUCACUUCGUUCCAUUAAUUCAAUUCCAAAUGCUCCUCCCACCAGCCUCCUCUGCCUGACUCCAAUAUCUCAUGCUCCGUCGCUGAUACUCAACCACCUUCUCAAUGACCAAAUGGAACCUAACACUGAAUCUAAAGGUCACAUCACCUUCCAUAGUGAGAUUGAUGCCUCUCUGUGUCCUCUUCCACAUAUACAAUAACGUAACACUUGCACAAUUUUGCCAACAACAGAGCUUAACAUCAGAGCCUGUCUGUCUGACACCAAUACUUUCAUCUCCCUUUCAGACUACAGUCAUAGAGUACGUCAAGCCUUCUGACCUCAAGAAGGACAUGAACGAGACAUUCAAGGAGAAGUUCCCCCACAUACGGCUGACCCUCAGCAAAGUCAGGAGGUAGGGACGUCUAUGCGAAACAUACACUACCGGUCAAAAGUUUUAGAACACUCAUUCAAGGGUUUUUCUUUAUUUUGACUAUUUUCUACAUUGUAGAAUAAUAGUGAAAACAUCAAAACCGUAUUGACUGACCUUCAUGUCUUAAAGUAAUGAUGGACUGUUGUUUCUCUUUGCUUAUUUGAGCUGUUCUUCCAUUGGACUUGGUCUUUUACCAAAUAGGGCUAUCUUCUGUAUACCCCCCCCCCCCCUACCUUGUCACAACCCAACUGAUUGGCUCAAACGAAGGAAAUAAAUUCCACAAAUUAACUUUUAAGAAGGCACACCUGUUAAUUGAAAUGCAUUCCAGGUGACUACCUCAUGAAGCUGGUUGAGAGAAUUCCAAGAGUGUGCAAAGCUGUCAUCAAGGCAAAGGGUGGCUAUUUGAAGAAUCUCAAAUAUAAAAUAUAUUUUGAUUUGUGUAACACUUUUUGGUUACUACAUGAUUCCGUAUGUGUUAUUUCAUAGUUUUGAUGUCUUCACUAUUAUUCUACAAUGUAGAAAAUAGUAACAUUUAAGAAAAUCCCUUGAAUGAGUAGGUGUUCUAAAACUUUUGAUCGGUAGUGUACAUUUGAGUAUGUUGUUGAAAUGAUCAUUUUGUGUCAGCCUUAUUUAACCCCUUGUGGUUAAUCGUAUCAACAAUAGUUCCUGACAGACAUUGGGCACACUAUGGUACUUUUGGGUUCUUUUUUGUUGUUGUUGCAUUGACCUCUUUGCAUUUGUCUGUUAUCGCCCUGCCUUCACCACCUUCCACCCCCUCCCUUCACCAGUCUGAAGAGAGAGAUCCGUAAGUUGGCCCAGGAGGAGUGUGGCUAUGAGGAACCCACCGUAGCUAUGGCCUUCGUCUACUUUGAGAAGCUGGUCCUCCAGGGGAAACUCAACAAGCAGAACCGCAAACUCUGUGCCGGCGCCUGCAUCCUGCUCGCCGCAAAGAUCGGCGGAGACCUCAAGAAGCACGAGGUCAAGCAGCUCAUAGACGUAAGUGUCGUCCUCAUCUCUUAGUGCACUUGGCUUCGGCUCUGAGCAGCCUGGUGGAAACCAUGGGUGCUUUCCUGUCACGCCGACAAACAGCGAUUCUGCACAGAAUACAGGAUUGUUAUAUCAUAUGAAUUUCUUAGACGUGGUUCCUUUGAAGUUCCACACUUUUUGAGACAUUAUAAAGAUCUGAUGAUAGGAUCAUUAUAUAAUAUUGAUGUGAUCCUUUUCCAAGCAUUAUAAAUAUCGGAUGUAGUCUGUGUAGAAUCUGCAUUUAUCUGCGUGAGAGAAAAGCACCACAUGACAGAUAGCAAAAUGGCUAGCAUAGGGAUCAUAGACAAAAUAAUAUUUUUACACUGUUUACAAAAAAUUAUGAACACCGGCUCUUUCCAUGAGACUGACCAGGUGAAAGCUACAGUGUCGUGAAAAAGCAUUUGCCCCCUUUCUGAUUUUCUCUAUUUUUGCAUAUUUUUGAUACAGAAUGUUGUCAGAUCUUCAACCAAAACCUAAUAUUAGCUAAAUGGAACCUGAGUUUACAAAUAACAAUAACAACAAUUUGAUACUUAUUUUAUUUAUUUAAUUAACAAAGUUAUACAACACCCAAUUUCCCUGUGUGAAAAAGUAAUUGCCCCCUUACACUCAAUAACUGGUUGUGCCCCUUUAGCUGCAAUGACUGCAAACAAACGCUUCCUGUAGUUGUUGAUCAGUCUCUCACAUCGCUGUUGAGGAAUUUUGGCCCAUUCUUGCGUACAGAAGUGCGUACCAUCACACUACCAAAAGCAACAAAUCUGAAGUUUUGGAUUGGCCUAGUCAAAGUCCAGACCUAAUCCCAAUUGAGAUGUUGUGGCAGGACUUGAAACGAGCAGGUCAUGCUUGAAAAUCCACAAAUGUCGUUGCUGAGUUACAGCAGUUCUGCAUGGAAGAGUGGGCCAAAAUUCCUCCACAUUGACGUGAGAGACUGAUUUACAACUACAGGAAGCGUUUGGUUGGAGUCAUUGCAGCUAAAGGUGGCACAACGAGUUAUUGAGUGUAAGGGGGCAAUUACCUUUCACACAGGGGCACUGGGUGUUGCAUCACUUUGUUUAUGAAGUAAGUAUGUAAUUGAUGUGUUAUUUGUUCACUCAGGUUCCCUUUAUGUAAUAUUAGGUUUUGGUUGAAGAUCUGAUAACAUUCAGUAUCACAAAUAUGCAAAAGUAUAGAAAAUUAGAAAGGGGGCAAAUACUUUUUCACGGCACUGUAUGAUCUCUUAUUGAUGUCACUUGUUAAAUCCACUUCAAUCAGUGUAGAUGAAGGGGAGGAGACAGGUUAAAGAAGGAUUUUUAAGCCUUGAGACAGUUGAGACAUGGAUUGUGUAUGUGUGUCAUUCAGAGGGUGAAUUGGCAAGACAAACGAUUUAAGUGCCUUUGAACGGGGUAUAAUUGCCAGGCGCACCGGUUUGUGUCAAGAACUGCAACAUUGCUGGGUUUUUCACACUCAACAGUUUCCCUUGUGUAUCAAGAUUGGUCCACCACCCAAAGGACAUCCAGCCAACUUGAUACAACUGUGGGAAGCAUUGGAGUCAACAUGGGCCAGCAAUCCUGUGAACGCUUUUGACACCUUGUAGCGUCCAUGCCCCGACGAAUUGAGGCUAAUCUGAGGGCAAAGGGGGUAGGGGAGGGGGGGCGCAACUCAAUAUUAGGAAGGUGUUCAUAAUGCUUUGUACACUCAGUGUAUAUUACAGAAUAUAGGACGUAAUAAAGUGGGUUAGUUAGUACAUCUCUCGUCUCCCUUUUUUUCCUGAUGUGUAGAAACUGGAGGAGAGGUUUCGUGUGAACAGGAGGGAGCUGAUAGCCUUUGAGUUCCCUGUGCUGGUGGCCCUGGAGUUCAACCUGCACCUGCCCGAGCACGAGGUAAUGCCCCACUACAGACGCCUCGUCCAGACCUCCUAGCAUUAGUGAUCCCAUCAGGAGGAGUACUCACACCACGCCCUCCUGAUCCAGAACCAGGAGACCAACCCUGCUGGACUCCCCACCUCAGAGUACCACAACCAGGUCUUCUCCCUGCAGCCUGGAGAUCCAUCAUGGACCAUGGUGUUGGAUCUCUACUACACUCUACUGCCACAUUCGUAUGUAUAUUUUCAGAUCGAGACUUGUAUUACCAUACACGUAUUCUUACUUCGACAUUCUUCUCAGACCUUUACUUCUACAUUCUUCAACACUAUUUACACCUUCAAAAACUUAUGAAAGGGAGUAUCCGAUCUUUAACUUUGUUGAUUAUUUUUAGAGUUUGUUUGUUUCUCAAUCUCUUUUUAAAUCCUCUGCUUUUCUUUUUUUCUGUGAGGUUUCAUGUCAACUUUCUGGUUAAAGAGGGUUGCAA